AUGGAUCCAGACUUUUUAAAUGCAUUUAUACAGCCUCCUGAACUUCAUGAAUUCCUAGCUGAGAAUGUCAUCGCUCAAGGCGAGAAGAAAUUCAUAAAACCAACCUCAAGCAAAAAUCCCAAACUGGAAGAAUUAAAACUGUUUUUGGUUGACUGGAUUAACACAACUCUGAAAGAGGAGCACAUAGUAGUUAAAAGUCUGGAAGAAGAUCUGUAUGAUGGACUUGUACUUCAUCAUCUUUUGGAAAACCUAGGAUCUCUCAAACUGGAUGUUGACAAGAUCGCGUUAACAGAAAAAAAGCAGCGACAAAAACUCUCUGUGAUUCUGGAAGCUGUGGCUAAGUGUUUGCAACUAGGAGCAAGCCAGCUGAAGUGGAGUGUGGAAUCUAUCUUGACAAAGGACUUACUGAGCACAUUGCAUCUUCUGGUUGCAAUAGCAAAACACUUUGAACCCAACCUGCCCAUACCUUCAGGUGUUCAAGUGGAAACAAUCACCAUCGAGAACACCUCCAGAGGAUUAAAGACAGCAAAUGCGGUGGAAUACAUCACAGAAAACAAAGAGAAUUUAGAAGCUCAGUCAAAGGAUGAUGCCUUUGAUGAAUUAUUUAGCCAUGCUCCAGAUAAACUGGAUGCUGUAAAAAAGGUAUUUUUGCAGUUCGUCAACCAGCAUGUUGGAAAAUUAGGAUUAAAUCUGACAGACAUCGAAUCUCAGUUUUCAGAUGGUGUUAUCUUACUUCUGUUAAUCGGACAACUGGAGGGUUACUUUUUGAAUUUAAGGGAUUUCUUCCUGACUCCAGCCAGCACUGCAGAGAUGCUUCACAAUGUUAACCUUGCAUUGGACUUGCUGGCGGAUGGAGGUCUUCUGGACUUCUCUGUGAACUCUGAAGAUAUUGUGAAUGGAGAUCUGAAGUCUACAAUGCGGAUUCUCUAUUGCUUGUAUUCCAAAUAUAAGACCAAAGAAACAUGA